ACGGCAUUACAUUUUAUAUUAGCAGGUGGGCAUAUAGAGGCAGCAGACGAGCUUCUCUUAUACGGGGCGGAUAUAUCUCCUAUUAAUAAGAAGCGGAAAACAUUCCUAUACUUGGCAGUACUAAGCAGGUCUACGGAGAUAGUAGUAAUACUUUUGGAUAAAGGAGCUAUAACCUCUGCUCGGGACUUUAAAAGAAGUACGGCAUUAUAUAUAGCGGCUAAUUAA